AUUUGUGUGUGUGUGUGUGUGUGUGUGUGUGUGUGUGUGUGUGUGUGUGUGUGUGUGAUUCAUUUCCUGAAUCCCGCUCCUCGGAUUCACAGCGACAUGGGAGACACGAAGUGACACUGAAGGAGUAAAAGCUGCGGAAUGAAGCGCCCAGCUCAGAUCCACCCCGCCAUGUUCUGACGACACCCACCAAUGGGCUGAAGGCGUGGGUGGGGCCAGGAUGAGUGUCGAGAUGCUAUUGGAGGAGACGCUGAUCAAGCGUUCGCAGCAGAAGAAGAGGACGUCGCCCCUGAACUACAAGGAGAGACUGUUCGUCCUCACCAGGAGCAGGCUGACGUACUACGAUGGAAAAGCAGAGAAGAAGUUCAAGAGAGGCUCGAUUGAGCUGAGCCGCAUCAGAUGUGUGGAGAUCGUCAAGAACGGAGGAGGAAUCAUCCCCUGCCAGAACAAAUACCCUUUUCAGGUGGUAUAUGACGGCAACACUCUCUACGUUUUCGCUCCGAGUCACGACAGCAGGAGUCUCUGGGUCCAGAGCCUGAAAGCGGAGAUCAAAGAGAACCCGGUGAUCCUGGCGAAGUUUCACCCCCAGUUCUGGCAGGACGGGGCGUGGCUCUGCUGUCGCCAGGCAGAAAAACAGGCGCCGGGCUGCGAGGAAUACAACCCGUUUGGAGACAUUUCCAGAAAACCUUUACCCCCUAUUCCUGGAGAGGAACAUAAAAACCAGCGGCGGCCCGCUCCGCCCCUCCCCCCGUCACCCAUGGAUGACGAUGAUGAUGACGGGGACGAGGAUGACGAGGAUGACGAGGAGGUAGUGGUGGUGGCUCUGUACGACUUCCCGGGCACCGAGCCCCAUGACCUGAGUCUGGUCAAAGGAGGCGAGUACGUCAUCCUUGAGAAGUGUGACGUGAACUGGUACAAGGCGCGCAACAAGUACGGCGAGGAAGGCUACAUCCCAAGUAACUACGUAACCGAGAAGGAAUCUGGAAACCUGGUGCAGUUUGGUUGGUACAGUAAACAAGUCAACAGGAACAAGGCGGAGGAGCUGCUGAGGAAGGAGGGCAAAGAAGGAGGCUUCAUUGUCAGAGACUCCAGCACUCCAGGAACCUACACCGUCUCUCUCUACACCAAGUCUGCCACAGGGGAUGGAAGUGCAGCGAUAAAACAUUACCACAUCAAGGAGACACAAGGCUCACCUACACAGUUUUACCUGGCUGAGAAACACUUAUUCAGCUCCAUCCCCGACCUGAUCGAGUACCACAAACACAACGCAGCAGGUCUUGUAGCCAGGUUGAGGUAUCCUGUAGGAAAACAGGACAAGUCUGCUCCGUCCACCGCUGGUUUCAGCUACGAGAAGUGGGAGAUCAACCCCAGCGAGCUGACCUUCAUGAAGGAGCUGGGCAGCGGGCAGUUCGGUCUGGUGAGGCUCGGCAAGUGGAGGGCUCAGCACAAAGUGGCCAUCAAGGCCAUCAGAGAGGGAGCCAUGUACGAGGAGGACUUCAUCGAGGAGGCCAAGGUCAUGAUGAGACUGUCCCACCCUAAACUGGUGCAGCUGUACGGCGUGUGCAGCCAGCAGCGACCCAUCUACAUCGUCACAGAGUUCAUGGAGCAGGGCUGCCUGCUGAACUACCUCAGGCAGCAGCGGGGCAGCUUCAGCCUGGGGUCUUUGCUGAGCAUCUGCCUGGACGUCAGCGAGGGCAUGGAGCACCUGGAGGCCAACGGUUUCAUCCACAGAGAUCUGGCUGCCAGAAACUGUUUGGUGAAUGACGCUCUGGUAGUGAAGGUGUCUGACUUCGGCAUGGCCAGAUAUGUGUUAGACAACCAGUACACCAGUUCAUCAGGCGCCAAGUUUCCAGUGAAGUGGUCGCCUCCUGAAGUCUUUAACUUCUGCAAAUACAGCAGCAUGUCGGAUGUCUGGUCCUACGGUGUGUUGAUGUGGGAGGUGUUCACCGAGGGUCGGAUGCCGUUUGAUCAGCAUCAGAACCACGAGGUCGUUACCUUGGUAACCCAGGGUCACCGCCUGUACAGGCCCAAAAUGGCCACGCCCACCAUCUAUGACAUCAUGCAGCUCUGUUGGCACGAGAGACCGGAGGAGCGUCCGUCCUUCUCUCAGCUCUGCACAAUGAUCUCCGACUCUCUGGAAGUUGACACCCCUCCCCCGAACUGACCAUCUGACCAAAUAAGCAGCUUCCACCUUCCACCGACCGCCACGUUGGCCUCUAACCGCCACUGCUGGGAUAACCUGCCAGGCUUGAGGGUCUUAAAGCUGACACUGUCUAAUUCACUGCUCUGGAAGAAGGACAUGGAGAACACGAUGUAACUGCAACUGAUCAAUCAGAUGGAAGAGGAAGGACCAAUCACACCAGCUAUAGUCCACUCAUCCACCAAUCGCGUUAGCUUAUUCGAUCCAGUUGCAAGCUCACAGCUGUGAACAGCUGGACUGACAGUGGUGACAACUGAAGUUACGUUCAUGACACGAACUGACAGCAACAUGGACGACAUAACAACAGGCUCUCAUGAUGGACUCAUCCCCCGACAUCCAGCCUCAGUGUUUUCCUCUGGACCUGGACAUUAACAAAACACGUAAUAUGAAGCUUAAUUUUCCGUACAGGUGUGUGUGAAACUGUUCCUGUGAAACCUCAUGAUAUUUUUUUGUCUGACAAAACUGUAUCAAAAAUCUGUUUCAUGUAAUUUGUGUACAUUAAUAUUAAAAUACUGUAGACAGGAA